UCUCCGUGACAGCGUGACGGGGGAGGAGGACAGGGCGGCCCGGCCCCUCCCACUCCGCCUUUUCUCCUGGGUCCUGCCCCCAAGGCCGGCAGCAGGCGCGGGGUCACCGGCGAGUGUGCGCAGGGACUCCGGACACCGAGGGCGGCGCGCUGCGGACCAGCCAUCCGCAAGCCAGACUCGUCAGCGCCAUGGGCGCCCUCACCGCCACGCGGGGGCUCUGGGGGCCACUGCCCCUGCCGCUCCUCCUUCUGGGCCUCCUCGUCGCGGCGGGCACGAGCUUGGCAGACAGGAACUCCUCAGAUUCUCCUUUUACAAUUCAACCUACCAGAGAAGAAAUGACGGGAGAAAGCUCUAACCUUCCCUUGGCGAGUCACAACAUAUCACUGACUGAACAUUCCAGUGUGCCAGUAGAAAAAAAUAUCACUUUAGAAAAACCUUCUAAUAUAGCACUCACAUGCCAGUUCACAACAUCUGGGGAUUUAAGUGCAGUAAAUGUGACUUGGAGAAAAGAUAAUGAAGUACUCAAGAAUAAUUAUCUCACCAAUACAAUGGGAAACAUCCUGUAUACACAAUACACGUUCACAAUCAUUGAUAGCAACCAAAUGGGAAGUUAUUCUUGUCUCUUUGAAGAGCAGAAGGAACAGAGGGGCACAUUUUAUUUCACAGUACCUGAAAUUCAUGGAAAAAACAAACGAUUGAUCACUUAUGUGGGAGAUUCUACUGUUUUAAUAUGUAAAUGUUAUGAUUGUGUUCCUUUAAAUUGGACCUGGUAUAGUAGUAAUGGGAGUGUACAGGUUCCUGUUGAUAUUCAAAUGAAUGAUAAGUUCAUGAUCAGUGGAACAUAUGCUAAUGAAACAAAGCUCAAGAUAAUGCAACUUUCAGAGGAAGAUAAAGGAUCUUACUGGUGCCAUGCCAUAUUCCAGCUAGGCGAGAGUGAAGAACACAUGGAACUUGUCGUGCUGAGCUAUUUGGUGCCCCUUAAACCAUUUCUUGCAAUAGCUGCUGAAGUUGUUCUUUUAGUUGCUAUUAUUCUGCUCUGUGAAGUAUACACCAAAAAGAAAAAUAAGCCCCCAGAUGAGAGAGAAUUUGAACAAAUUGAGCACCUGAAAUCAGAAGAUAGCAAUGGUAUAGAAAACAGUGCCCCAAGGCACAGAAAAAAUUAAGUUCCUUCCAAAUGAUAGUCUAAUAAAAGGAAUCAGUGAACCAAGAAUGAGAAACAUCAUGUCAAGACACAUGGGAUGAUAUACAAAGAGUUUGUAUUUCAACUUUGUUUGUGCUUCCUGUUACGAGCAUCUGAGUUAUUUUUGAAAGGAUGAAAAGCUUACACAUGCUCAGCAGAAGCUUCAUAAAUAAUAUAUGCUAUCUCAGAUAUUAAGAUAUAUUUUCAUUUUGUAAUUAUUUUACAUUAAAGCAAGGUAAAUUAAAUUUGUUCUAUGAGCUAAAACCCAGGAUAAUUAAUAUCAUGUUGGUUCUUAAAGAACACACAUAACAGACACCAGCAGCACCAGUUAUCAGUCGUAGAGCAACAGUCACUCAAGACCUAAUAACUACCAAAGAAAUUACAGAGAAAGCCUUGACCAUUUGUCUCAAAAUGUUUUUUUCCUUUCAAAAUCAUGCUUACUGUGUAUUAAAGUAUUUGUAACAAUUUUUAUGUUAAGUUAAUCCUUCUGUGAUAUUGAAAAAAGUGUCUUAACUAUGAAAGGCGUGCUUGUUGUCUCUGCUAGUGAUGGUUACUCUACAUCCUCCACAAGAAAAACAUUUUCAUUCAUAAAAAUUGGUUUAAAGCAAGAAAAUCAAACCACAUAAAUGCUCCCAACUCUCACCACAAAAGCAAAUUUUCUAAUCUUUAUUCCCUCAUGUACGCUGCUUUCCCACAAGCUAAAGUACAGUCUUCCAUGGUUUAGAGCAUUUCAAAAAUUUUAAGCCAUGGGUUUUGGACUUCUUAAGGUAUACCUGGUAUUGAGGUUUUAUGGUGCAGGUCCCGAUAGUCUUAAUGCAACAUACCAGAGGGAUUCUUCUUUGGUUCUGAGGGAGACCUAGGGACUGUGACAAGGAACCCACAAACCUUAGUGACUAGAGGAUUAAAGUUUGGGAAGCAGAGUUGAAUGAUUUGAAAAAAAAAAAUACUUUGUAAAAACUUACACAAAAUACUGGCUGAAAAUAUAAAUAAAAUUCUGGUAGUAAAAAUUAUAAUUAUGUGACAUUUUAACCAAUGUUUGAAAAUAUUACCAGUAUGAAUACUCAGUCCCUGACACACAUAAGAUGAUGACUUGCAAGCUGUUCAUUUUGUUGCAGCAGUAUUUUGUUGUAAAGAAUGUUAACUGCACAUACAUGUUUUGUUGAACUAGAAUACAUCCUUAAGCAAAGGCAUACUUCAUAUAAACAAUUCUUGGUCUCAGAGCCAUGAUGCAUGCAUGUUUUUGGUUUAAUUCAUUAUUAAUCUGAUUAAAUUGUAUUAGGUGAUAAUCUGUAUGAUGGCAGACAACCAGUCAAUUAGCUUAAUUACUAAAUUCUUAUUCAGUAAAAAAAUUAGUCAAACCUGCUGUUUGACUAGGUUCAUUUCAAACGGGUAUAUUUGAGACUGUGUAUACACAAAAUCUAAAACAAUUUGUAACUCAUUUGUAGUAUGCAACUUUCCAUUUUGCCAUCACUGACUAUUUAGGCUGAAAUAGUCUUCAAGCAAGAAAUAUUGCUGCCCCAAGGUAAAAUAACCUGAAAUGCUUAAAGAGUAAAUUGAAUUUUUAUAUGACAAUACUUACUAUUUAUUUUUAGUAGCAAAGACAAUUUAUUUCAGGAAUCUUAAACAAAUAUUACCCAGAAAAUUAAAGUUGAAUUUUGGCUUUUCAGAGAUUCUCUGGAGACUUCUGGAAAUGUAUUUCAUCACUGUUAGUUUAAAAAUGGAACGUUUCCACUAACCUCAUGGAAAUGAUAAAUGGAUUAACUAAUAAUGACCAAUUGUAGCUUGACUGCAAAUGCUAAGCAAGCAGAAAAGCUCAAGUGGGAAAACUACUCCCAUUUAAUGUAUUAGACUCUUUGGGAAACUCAAUUAAUCUUUCCAGCUAACAGGGCUAUUUAACCUGUUAAGUAGAUGUAAUGAUGUUACAAAAUGCCGACACUUGCUUAUACAAUAUACUCAAGACUAAAUCUCCCUUUUCAGUCUUUCUGGUUUUCCCCCAGCAUCUAGUUAUGCCAAAACAUUGAACUCAUUGUAAGAAUUUUUCUCCUUUAUUUUCUCCUUUAUUAACUAAUACUUGUUGGUUAUAAAUCCGUGUUCCUUUGAACUUAAUAGCUCAUUAAUCUACUCCAUUGCCUCCAUCACUCCACCCUUGUCAGCUGCAUCAGCUAAGGUUUUAAUUUUCCUGCCUCAGUUUUAUCUUCUAUCAAUUUGUUCUGCACACCACUGCCAAAGUCUUUCUAAAACAGAAAUCUCACUUAUAACUUAAUGUGGCGUGUUCUAUGCCAAACCUAGCAGGCUCACCUUUGACAUUUCUUAAUAUUGCAGUUCUCCAAAUCACAAAUCUCUCUCCAGUGUCUUGAUGGAGCCUUGCCCAAAUGUAGAACUUGCCCAGAAUUUUCACACCACUUCCCUCCUUGCCUAAGUCAAGUUUAGCUUUCAAGACUUUACUCUGCUGUUACUUCCCGCAGGGUGCCACAUACCAAGUAGAGUGUGUACUGUCGUAUGAGUUCCAUCACACUUUUUUGUGUGUCUGUUACCUUGAAUUAUAAUUAUACAUUUAUUGGCUGUUUCCUUGAAUUCUGUCUUUUAUUCUUGUACCCUGUACCUAACACAUAGAAGGGCAUAUUAGAAACAUCAAGAAAUGUGUGUUGAAUGGAUGAAUGUAUAAAUGGACAGCAAUCAAAUUUUAUACAUUUUUACUUAUUUUUUAGCAGAAUAUUCUAAAUUGUGACAAAUCAGAAAUGGAAAAUAUUCUAACAGAGGAAAAGUAUGUUUUUAUAACUUUUAACAUUUACCUCUAUUACUUUAAAAGGCACAGAAUAAUAGAAAGUCAAGGUCCUUUCAGAUUCUCUUUCAUAAUGUGUUAAUGUCUGAUGAGCAAAGCAAGUUCUGGUUACCUAAAACAAUUUGUAUAGGGUAGGUCCUUUUCCACUUAUUUAAAUUUCUAAUUGUCCUCUAUUUUUCAUGGACAGUACAAAUGCAAAAUCUUAUUCUAGCCUUUGCCUCUUUUAAUAAGGUAGCAUAUUAACUUUAAAUAUGAAGGGUUUUAAAAAUUGUAUUUUGCUCAGUACUGUAGAGUUUGUUGAUAAUUGUGCCUCCUCCGCUAACCACCUCAUUUCUUUCCAUCUCCUCCCAGUACCUUAUAGUGCCUUGAAAUAUCAUAGAUUCAGUUAAAAUUGUUAUUUGAAAAGGAACCAGUUUUUUAAAACUUUCAUUGUAUAGUUUUAUCAAAAGCUUGUCUUUAAUCAAAUAUAUCAAAAGAAAAAAAGUACUUUUGCUUGUUUCCUGCAUCUUCAUAUGUUGAAGCAUUUAAAGACUUAAGCAAAAUGAUUUACUGAAUAUUUACCAUAUUUCUUUAUAGAAUAAUAAAUCUUCUCUAAUUGAACAAAUCUAUGCAAAGAAUUAAGCAUAUUUGUCCCCAUUAGCAUUGUUUGUUUUCAGGUGGAAAUACAUUCAAAUAUAUGUGCCAGUAUCCCUUAGAAUGCACAAUGACCUACAAGUUGCAUACACUGAAUAAAUACUUACUGAAUGAAUGAAUUAAGAAAGGAAUGACACAAUUAUAUUUGGAAUCUCAGAUUAUACAUAUUUACAUAGUACGGCCUUUUGAUUAACUGUGAAUUUAUCCUACUCUAAUGUAGACAAAAAAGAAAACAGGAACUGCCUAGGUGCACUUUUUCAUGACAUUUAGGAAUGUAUUUUCACGGUACCUGGAAGGUCAAUUACAUGCUCUGAUUAUCAGUUGAGUUCUUUAUUGAAGACAUUAAAUAAUAAUCAUUGACAUUUGUCAGGUGCUUAGCAGAUGACAGGCUAUUCUCUGUAUCAAUCAUCUUUUUAUUUCAUUCUUUAAUUGCUUGAUUAAAUCUUAGACUUCAUGAUCAUAUUCUUAAGGCUUAUCUGACCCACACUUUGGGAAACCUGUGUCUCUGCAGUGGUGCGGUGAAUCAGUAUGCAUUUGUUUGUUUGUGGGGGGGGGUGUUCAUUUUUUUCCCAAAAUUUUACUUAUUAGUACAUAAGGUGACUAUAUAAUUUAUCAUCUAAGCACUGAGAAUGAAAGAAGGUGAUGUUAACAAUUUCAUGAGGACAGCAGGCAAAAAGUAGAGCCUCUGGUCACACUUUUAGCCUGUUGGGGAGAACUAAGUACUUUAUGGAUGUUUGUUGCUAUGCAUAGCAGUAACAUCAGUAGCAAGUUUGAAUGAUAAGCAGAAAGUAACUUCUAGGGAAAUAAUGUAUGCUAGAUGAGGUUCACUGCAAAGUAAUGCCUAUAAAGAGAAAUUUAAUAAGAUUAAAGAAGUAUUGCUUUCCAAAAGUACUGUGAUUAAGAUCUAUUAGCAUUCAAACGUAUGAUGCUCAAGUUGUAAGAGAACUGGAAAAGAAAGUGUUGCUUUGUUGGCCUGUGAAAUGAAAUGGACAGCUCUUUGGAUUUGCUUAUCUUCUGCUUAAUGUGUUAAAAUAAUAAUAUUGGUGUGGUUCUCAGUGGAGCAGGAAGGAAAAUUGCUUGCUUAUGCCUUUACAAUAAAAUCUGAUUACGAAAUGGGUGGAGAUUGCUCAUGGGUAAAAUCAUCAAAAUUAGUUUUUUAUCACAUGACUAACAUGAUACAUCUAUGUUUCUUACUCUGUCCUUUCCCAAAUGGGAAAAUGUUUUAAGAAACCUGUUUGGGAUAUUAGCUAAGCUCUACAUAUUAUUUUGAUGUAUCUAUCAUGUUUAAUAACUUUUGUUCAUAAAAAUUUGAUUUUGUUUAAUUUCUGAUACAAUUUGUAAAAUAAUUUAGCACAAAUCAUUAUUUUUUCUAAAAUAGAUUUAUUUUAUAUGUAAUUUACUGCAAUGUUAUUUAAUGCCACAAAAAGCAUAACGAAAUAUGAUUUUUAACUGCUUUUUUAUCUCUUAAGAUAAAAAUUGACUAUAAACUUUGCUUUUCUUUAAAUCAAGGACAUGGAUGGAUUAUGAUGUAUUUCCUAAUACUGGAGUGUUUUCUUUUUUUAGCAUAUAUGUCUAAAUUCUCAUCAAUGCCUUUCUGUAUUAAUAAAUAGCACAGAAAAUGUCUGUAUUGGAAUGCUAAAAAAACCUUUCUGCUGCUUAUAGCACAAAGGAUAUAUAAAAUAAAAUUUAUUCUGUGAAUUAAAAAUUUAAA